AUGAGGAACCCUUUCGAUAUGUCCGACUUGGACUCGCUCGUCGACGAGCAAGACCAGCAGGAGAUCUAUGCCGACCUUCACUCUUAUCAAUCGCACGACGGCAAUCGUUCUUUAUUACAGAACGAAAAUCGUCGCAAUGACAAUCUGAAGGACCGCUUUAUUGGUGCCAUCGACACGGGCACGACUAGUUCUCGUUUUAUCAUCUUCGACUGUACUGGUGUCCCCGUAGCGAAAUACCAGACCGAGUUUCGUCAGAUCCACCCAUACUCAGGAUGGCACGAACAGGAUCCCUUCGAGCUGGUCGAUUCCGUUUACAUUUGCAUCGAAGAAGCGAUGAAGACGUUCCUCGCCCUAGGCCACUCUACCGACGAAAUCGAGGCGAUAGGGAUCACCAGUCAACGAGAGACUGCGGUGUGUUGGGACUGGGAAACCGGCGAACCUCUCCACAAUGCCAUCGCAUGGCCCGACACCCGGACCAAGGGCUUGGUCCGUGAGUUGAAAUCUAGACCGGGCGCAGAUGAUCUCAAGAACAUGUGUGGUCUUCCGCUGUCUACCUACCCCUCCUCCGUUACCUUGGUAUGGAUGCUCGAGCAUCUGCCCGAAGUCAAGGCGGCAUAUGAGGACGGAAGACUCGCCUUCGGUACUGUCGACUCGUGGCUCAUCUAUAAUCUGAAUGGCGGCCCUGAGGGUGGUCGCUUGGUCACCGAUGUGACCAACGCCUCGCGAACAAUGUUCAUGAACCUUGAGACGCUUGAUUAUGACGACCGGUUGCUCAGCUUCUUCGGGCUGGACAGGAACAAGAUCCGUCUACCUACCAUUCUUCCGUCGUCGGACCCAGAUGGAUAUGGAUAUGUUAGCUCGGGUCCUCUAGAAGGCAUCCCCAUCGCUAGCUGCCUUGGUGACCAGUCCUCCGCCUUGGUUGGCCACUGCGCCUUCACGCCGGGAAGUGCGAAGAACACGUACGGUACUGGAUGCUUCCUGCUGUACAACGUUGGCGAGAAGCCAGUCAUCUCUAAGCACGGUCUCCUUGGCACUGUGGGCUUCCAACUGGGCAAGCAUCGGAAGCCUGUCUACGCCUUGGAGGGCAGUGUGGCAGUUGCAGGCAGUGGUGUUUCUUUCCUGAUGAACAACAUGGGUUUCUUCCGUGACUCACGCAAAGUCAGUGACCUUGCGGCGUCUGUGCCCGACAGCGGCGGUUGUUACUUCGUCACGGCGUUCAGUGGUUUGUUCGCGCCUUACUGGAUCGAUGAUGCCAAGGGAACUAUCUUUGGCAUUACCCAAUACACGCAACGUGGACACAUCGCAAGAGCCACCAUGGAGGCUGCCUGUUUCCAAACCAAGGCCAUUCUUGAUGCUAUCGAGGUAGAUAGCGGGCACAAAUUGACUCAACUCGCCGUUGACGGCGGAAUGAGCAAUUCUGACAUCUGCAUGCAGACCCAAGCAGAUGUGAUUCAGAUCCCGGUUGAACGUCCCGCUAUGCACGAAACCACCGCUCUGGGGGCGGCCAUCGCCGCCGGCUUCGCCAUCGACGUUUGGAAGGAUUUCAAUGAGCUUAAAAACAUGAAUCGCGCCAACCGCACAACCUUCGAACCUCAUCUUUCCAUUAAGCAGAGUGCGAAGAUGUACAAGCAAUGGUCCAAGGCCGUCGAGAUGUCUCGCGGCUGGACCGACUCGGGUGAAAUGAAUGAGGAAGAAGACGAAGAGUAA